ACUUAUUUUAUCCUCAGUAAGUACUGCGUUGUAUUUCCGCUAAAUUGAUGAAUGAUUGCUUACAAAUGAGGAAUGCCUGUUAACAACUCUAUCAUUCUAUAGAUUACAAAACGUUAAUUGUCAUGAGGGUGCUCAAAUUCUACAAGUUUACUAAUCGGUAAUUUGACCAAAAAAAGAAAUUUUUUUCUUCUGUUACCUAACUUCAUCUUCCUCUGCUAUUACUACUACUACUACUACUACCACUACGACUACUUCUUAUUCUUCUUUUACUUCUUCUUCUCCUUCUUCUACUCUUCUUCUACUUCUACUUUCUACUGAAUCAACAAUAAGUCUGAGUUUCUUUAAAUAAACUUUUCUUCUCUCUCUGUCUUCUCGAAGCCACCAUCAUCGUUUUCUUCUUCUCCUUCUUCCUCUGCUUAUCCUACUUCUGCUUAUUCUCAAUUUCCUCAUUGCUUCUCCAUAGUCUAACUUGAUUCGCCUCUUGUAUUUUCAACUACAAUAUCUUGGUCCCUGAUAAGGGAUUAAAAGAAGGAGUAGAGAUUAAAGUUUAUAGAACAAAGGAAGGAAAGAAGAAUAAAGAAAAAAGAUUAUAAUGGGUAAUCUAUGUACGCAACAAAAAGUUGGUGAUGUAGCUGAAAUGGAAGAUAAGGCUGAUUAUCCUCCUCCAGAGCAAAUUAACAACGUAUGUGGUACUGAAGUGAAUCGAGACGAGAAAUUAUACUUAUAUGCCCUCUUUUGCUGUACUAGGCUAGCCAACGCCUAUACUACUCAUAAAUUUCCAAAUAUAUCCUGUGAAGACCUCGAUAAAGAGGAUUACAUCAACUUUUUAAACAUUCUCAAUGAAAUGCAGUCCGAUCUGGUUUACGAGGAGAACCUUUCUGUUAAUGCAAAAGUUGAUUCUCUCUAUGAUCAGUAUGCAAAACAGUCACUUAAGGAAUUAGCCUACUACUACGGAGGCUGCACAGAUGAAAAUAGCGGUAUAGACAUGUCGGUUAUAUAUGACGAUACAUUAAAAAUGGUUAUAGCUGAUAUGAUUAGCGGGUUUGUAUGGAAAACAUCAUCUCUAAAGAAUGAAGAGGUUUUUAGCUGAUAAUUCUAAUUAAUUUAUCUCUUUCAUCCACACGUUAAUAUCAUUACUUUUAAUUGCAGUUUUCAAAACACUUGAGACUCAAAGAACCAGAAGUCCUUAUUAACGCUGAAACGGGCGAAUCUUCAAAGGACUGGGUGGACGAACAAGAUUCCUGAGUUUACGAAUAUACAGAAGAGUAUAUGUUUUUAUAUAUACAAUAUCUAUAAAGAUUCUUUAUGUAUUUACUAUAAAUAUAUACCAUAUCGUAUAUAUUAUUAUAUAUACAAUAU